GCGGCGGUCGCGGGUCCGGCAUGAGCGAGGCGCGGCUGCGGCCCGGGCGCGGCCCCGGCGGGGCGCGGGACCUCCAGGACAAGGAGUCAGAGUCUGACACCAAGCUGGAUGGAGAGACAGCAUCAGACAGCGAGAGCAAAUCUGAGUUUGGGGGUUCAUCCCCAGUGCCGACAUCGGAUGACACUCCAGAAGUGCUGAACAGAGCUCUCUCCAAUCUGUCCUCAAGAUGGAAGAAUUGGUGGGUGAGAGGCAUCCUCACGCUGGCAAUGAUCACCUUCUUCUUCAUCAUCAUCUACUUGGGYCCCAUGGUCUUAAUGACAAUAGUGAUGUGUGUCCAGAUCAAAUGUUUCCACGAGAUCAUCACUAUUGGCUACAAYGUGUACCAUUCGUAUGACCUGCCAUGGUUCAGGACGCUGAGCUGGUACUUCCUGCUGUGUGUGAACUAUUUCUUCUAUGGCGAGACAGUGACAGAUUAUUUCUUCACCCUGGUGCAGAGGGAGGAGCCCCUGCGGAUCCUCAGCAAAUACCAUCGUUUCAUUUCCUUCGCUCUCUACUUGACAGGUUUCUGCAUGUUUGUCUUGAGUCUGGUGAAGAAACACUAUCGCCUCCAGUUCUACAUGUUUGGCUGGACCCAUGUGACAUUGCUGAUUAUUGUUACCCAGUCCCACCUCAUCAUCCACAACCUGUUUGAGGGAAUGAUCUGGUUCAUUGUCCCGAUCUCCUGUGUGAUCUGCAAUGACAUCAUGGCCUACAUGUUUGGGUUCUUCUUUGGCCGCACGCCGCUCAUUAAGCUCUCACCAAAGAAGACCUGGGAGGGUUUUAUUGGAGGAUUYUUUUCCACYGUUUUGUUUGGAUUGCUGCUGUCCUAUGUGAUGUCUGGGUACCGCUGCUUCACGUGUCCUGUGGAGUUCAACAACGACACCAACAGCUUCACCGUGGACUGUGAGCCCUCUGAGCUGUUCCAGCUGCAGGAGUACAACAUCCCUGUGGUGCUGCAGUCUGUGGUGGGCUGGAAGACAGUCCGGAUGUACCCCUUCCAAAUCCACAGCAUCGCCCUCUCCACCUUUGCCUCCCUCAUUGGGCCCUUUGGGGGCUUCUUUGCCAGUGGCUUUAAGAGGGCCUUCAAAAUCAAGGACUUUGCCAACACCAUCCCAGGGCACGGGGGGAUCAUGGAUCGCUUCGACUGCCAGUACCUGAUGGCCACUUUUGUCAACGUGUACAUUGCCAGCUUCAUCAGAGGCCCUAACCCAAGCAAACUGAUCCAGCAGUUCUUGACAUUGAGACCAGAUCAGCAGCUUCACAUCUUCAACACUCUGAAAGCACACCUGGUGGACAGGGGAAUUUUGGGGAGCCUGGAGGAYGCAUAGACCCYGGGUGGUUGGAACAGGACUGAAAAWGGACAGGCCUCCUCCAGGGAAUUCCUGGCUUGCCUGAUUUAAGACAAUAGCAAGGCCUCAUUUCACUGUAACUUUUCUUCCAUUCUUGGUAAAUGUUUGCAUUUGUGUUUUUUUUUUAAAUAAUAUAUUUAUAGAGCUUUGGUUCAAAUGAGCAAAUCUUGGGUUUGUAGCUGAGAAGGAGUUAAGGCUUGAAAUGUCUUUUGGGUGGAGCCGGAGGAUUGAUCAUCCUCACUGGGGUGUGGGCAGAGCUGAACUUUCCCUAUGGGUGGGUUUUUGCAGGGAAUACAGAGCAUUGUCCAUGGGAGCGGGCAGGGAGGGCGAGGCUGUGCCCUCCCCUGGCCCUCCUGCUCCCAGUGGCAGCUCAGGGGACCAUCCUUCUCUCCAGUGAUAACUGGGAGUGCAAUGUGAAUUGUCCCAGAAGUUUAUGCCUGUGGGAAUCUCCUUGCACCAGGUAAUUGGAAGAGGAUCUUGUGCUAACCCAGUCCUAUUUCCUCUGCCAGCCCUGCACCUGCUCUCACCUGCUGCUUUUGCAGUGCCUCUCACAUUCCCUCCCUUCAGGGCUGAUAUUUUGGCAAAUCAGAUUUUUAUAACCAAUUAAACCCAAAACAGACKGGGGACAAGGAGUCAAGAAACAUGAUAGUUGUGUGUGGAAAUGUGUGAGGUUCACAUUGCUUCAAAACUGAUUGAAGUAAUUAAGUUGUAAAGAAUGUUGAAGUUCCAUUGAGAAAUUCCUGCAGAAUAAGAACAACCUUUAAGCAACUUGGUUCAUUUUGCCCUACUAAAUACCCUUUAAGAACCACACUUCUUCAUUUCUCCAAGGUUGGAAACCCCACUCUGGGAUAUUUGAAGUAACUUGGGGAGCAGUUUCCAGCCAGUUUCAUUGCUGGGUGGGCUCCAGCUACAGCUGGGAGUUUUGUUUUCUUUCAGGGAUCAUGUCUGUUUGUUACUUGAGUUGUAGAAGUCAUGCUGCUGAGUUUACCAUGGUCUGUGUUGCAUUUCAGUCUGGGUUUCUUUCUCUGCAGGCUUCUGUCCUGCUUUGCUUACUGAAUCUUGUCAGAAAUAGUUUGUAUUUUAUAGCUGCAAGUUUUAUUGAAGUACUUUCCUUAAUUUUGUUAUACUUCUUUAUUAUUUAAAAAUGAGAGCCCUAAAGAUUGUAAAAGUAUUCUUUUUUUUUUUUGUGAUCAGAUAGAGAUAAUAUCCCCAUUUACACCUUAAGCAAUGCUCCCAAACACAAGGUGACUCUGAUUUUUCUUCUUUUCAUAGUUUGUGCAUGGGAGAGAGAAACUUUACUUAUUUUAGCCUGGGGAAUGAGUGACAGGRAGAGAUAAUACAGAAAUACAUUGGUGUUUUCAAGCAGUUGCUGCCCUAAACCUUAGACAUAGACCCCCAUAUGAGAUCUGUACCUGCUGCAAGCUGGCUUGGCAUCGACAGAAAAUAAACCACCUGAAAAUACCCCAAAUUCAGAGAUUUUACUCCAUAURCUGAUUCUGCCACUGCUUUCAUUUACCCUGAGUGUGCAAGAAUGCUUGUGUGUGUGUAAGUACAUGGCACAGGUCCCAAGCUCCAUCCCACAUUUUUGUAGGACUGUGGUGGGCGCUGCUUUGUCUUACUGAACAGAGCCACAGGGCAGGAUGUGUGCUACAAAUGCAGAUGUUUGAUGGAAAGCACAAGCUUCAGAGAAGGCUCUGUUUUUAUGAAUUAUUUUCAGUUGGUGCUGACAAGUUCUGCACUGAGCCAGUUCAGGAUUCUGUUUGGGGAAUGCCAGUGGUGUCACACAUAUUUUCCUGGGCUGGCUGUGGAGACUGUUCCCUUCCAGCUUGAAUUAGGCAGGGAUUUAUUUUCUGUCGACAGAGCAAAAAUUGGCCCAAGCCCCUCAUACAGAAACUGCAGAGGAGAAGCAAGGUGCUUCCAUUUGGCUUUGCCCAGGGUUAACAUUUGGGCUGUUUGAUGACAAUUUGCCUCAGUUCAGCGAGGCCAAGUGAGGCCCUGCCAGGWGCACCCAUAGGAACAGUGUGGGGGUGCCAGGUUUGGUUUGCCUUGUGGGGCUGGACCAGCUGGUGCUGUUCUGGAUUCUCCCUGUGCAUUGCCAACACCAUUGCCAAAAUCCCUUGUUGUGACUAUUGGGUCACAGGCAGAAGUGACAGUGUUGAUAAAUAUUACAAAAGUGUGAUCUGUUCAUAAUAAGCAAUUUCCCUGGUGGGUCUUUAGUCUCCUGCUUGUCUGCUUUAAAAUUUUUGUUCCUCUUCGGUUAGUGGGGCAAAGGUUUGCUGCAGGCUCUGGUUUGGGGCAGAGCUGGGUGUUUCCAGAAGGUGUAAAUGCCCGAGGUGGGCACUGGAGGGCAAAGCAAUUCCACUGAGUGGCUGUGAGAGAAGCAGCAGCAGCAGCAGCUCUGCCUGUGGGUGGCUUCCCUGAUCAGCUUUAUUCCUGUUUCCUCCCCUGAAGGGUGGCCUUCCAAACCUGGGCUGCUCCUCAUGGGGAAAGCUGCCUGGGAAUGAUAUGCUGCAUGAAGUUCAUUUCAGUGAGUGGUAACAGUGGAUCCUUGGAGGAGGAAGGGAGGGAAGUGGGGGAGAUCAUUGGCAAGUUGUGCACCUGAACUCAGAGAAUCAGGAGUUGGAUCCUGCAUUUGGGUAGGAAGGGRCCUUAAAUUUUGUUCCACCUCCCUUGCCCUGGGCAGAGAAUUUCUCACUAGACCAGGUUGCUCCAAGCCCCACCCAGUCUGUCUGAACACUUCCAGCCAUGGGGAGUUUUAACUCCCUGAGAAAAGAUGAAAAGCUGCAGUUCGUGGCUGUGGCUGUUUUUGAAGGAGUAACUGAUGUGCAACAASGGAUGUGCAACAGCACAUGUGGCCCCUCUUUGCAUUAAGCCCUGCAGGACCUUGGUGAUGCUGCAGCUCUGAGSAAUUUUGGUGUUGGAGGGGCCAGAAUGACCACAGGGAUGGUGGGUAAGGAGAUGUGGGGAUGCUCCCAAGAAGUUCYCCAGCUGCAGAGCUUGAGCUCAGUGUGGCACAAAAGUUCUGGUUCACAGUGGGCUCCAGCAGCAGAGAAGUUGGGAAGAGCAGAGCAGCAAGGGGAAGAUGGUGCCAGCUGGAAUGUGUGUGUGGGCAGAGGGGAAGGGACAGGAAGGAUUUGGCCAGUGGGAAGGCAUGGCUGGGCAGGGGCAGGCUGGUGUGGGGGCCACUUUGCUUUAGUGUCACUGAAGAAGCUGCCAGGGAGGUGAGUGUCCAUAGGGAUGGCACAUGGCUGGGACGCUGCUGUGGUGCAGUGAGUGGCUGGCAAUGCUGGGCAGGGCAUUGGACACCCCCAGUGUUUUGUUUUUUAGGGGCUAAUAUGGUUUGGACACAGGUUUGAUCCACAGCUGGGCUGGGCCUGCAGCCACAAGCACUGRCACUCCUUGGUGGGAAUUUGCUUUACCCUGUCUGCCUGUAGGUCAGGUGAGUUUGCAGGUGGGAGGCAGGACCAGCCUGUGGCUACAAUGCUCAGGGAAGCAUSAGACCUGGGUUCUGCAGUGUGUCCUGUGGGUCAGUCAGUGUUAAACAGACAUUCCCUGGGCAGGCUCAGCAGUGACCCUGAGCUGAAGGGGCAGCUCUUUCUGGGCUCUGUGGUGCUGUGUGGCACAYGGAGCUGGGGCUCCUGCAGCAUCACCUAAGGCUUGGCACCAGSCUGUGGAAUCUCAGUGUCAUCUUCCAGGGAAUGUGUCCUGUGUCUGGUGUGUGCAGAGAGCCCCCCCAGCCUGGCUCUGAUGGGAUCUUGCCCUCUCUCCCUUCCCCAUCUGUGUGAUGGGAGCAGGGCAGGGCUCUGCUCAGUGUGGGCCCAUCCAGCCCCUCCUGGGGACAGCUCAGCCAUMAACAUCAUUGCAUGGAAGCUCCCGUGGUCCCUCCCUCUGUGCCCAGGCCCGGAGUGGCAGUUUUGUAAUCCCUGUGUUAUCCCUGAUCUUCAGCCCUGGCGUGUUCCCACCAUAGGCUGCUUUCUCUGUGCAUUGUUCUUUUGAUUCCAGUUUUAGCUACACAGGUAGAGUUGCCUUUCUUUGACUGAAUGUUUGAAUGUGAAAUAUUGUAUAUUUUAAAGUAUUUACCCUAUUUAUAUACUGUAUGUUACUGUUAAAUAAAUAUACGUUCCA